AUGUUCAAGAAAUUUGAUGAAAAAGAAAACGUGUCGAACUGUAUCCAGUUGAAAACUUCCGUUAUUAAGGGCAUUAAGAACCAGUUGAUGGAGCAGUUUCCCGGCAUCGAACCGUGGCUGAACCAAAUCAUGCCAAAGAAGGAUCCGGUCAAAAUAGUGCGAUGCCACGAGCACAUAGAAAUCCUCACGGUGAACGGGGAGCUGCUUUUCUUCAGGCAAAGGGAAGGGCCCUUCUACCCAACGCUGAGGCUGCUGCACAAGUAUCCGUUUAUCCUGCCCCGCCAGCAGGUGGACAAGGGAGCCAUCAAGUUCGUGCUCAGCGGAGCCAACAUUAUGUGCCCAGGCCUGACCUCGCCGGGGGCCCGCCUCUUCCCCGCCGCAGUGGACACGGUGGUGGCGAUCAUGGCGGAGGGAAAGCAGCACGCCCUGUGCGUGGGCGUCAUGAAGAUGUCCGCGGACGAGAUCGAGAAAGUCAACAAAGGAAUCGGCAUCGAGAACAUCCAUUACCUCAAUGACGGGCUGUGGCACAUGAAGACGUACAAGUGA